AUGACAGAUACCAAGAUCUACGAUGUGGUUGUUGUCGGCGGUGGUCCAGUCGGGUUGGCUGCAGGAUACGAGGUAGCAAAAGCAGGAGCCAGUGUCGUGAUUCUCGAGCAAAACAACUUCUUCAAUCAGGCCGGGAGCUCUGGUGAUUUGGCUCGCAUGUUCCGCACCAUCGUGAGUGCCUUGAAGCCCUUCACCAGCACCAUUCGGCUGACAGUAACAGUCUCUGCUGAUGACAUUGAAGACCAAUACCCAUUCAAGAAUUUGAAGAAAGACUGGAUGGGUCUCUUCGCACCAGACAACGGUGUCAUCAACGUACAACUACUCCUACGAACCCUCUACAGUUUGGCGAGGGAUUAUGGCGCCGAUGCCAAACAGCACACUGAAGUUAAGCAGAUUCGUCCAUCAGACAAGAAUAAGUCCAUAUGGGAAGUCCAUGGUACUGUUCAUGGCAAGUCUGUGACUUAUCUCACCAAAAAGAUCAUCAUUACAAGUGGAAGUUAUGUCAACCAUGUCCUGAAGCCCAGUUUUGGGAUUUCCCUGGGGCUGGAGAUUUGGGAGAUGGUUGCGACGUAUUUUAAUACUAACGCCGGUCCCAACGGUACUAUCUUCCCUAGCAUGUGGUUUCAGUUCGCUCCAUCGGUGAACAACAGGUCUCGUCUUUUCUACGGAUUCCCCACCCUCCCAUGGGGUCCGCCUAAUGUCGUCCGAAUCGCCGUCGAUGCUGCAACUCGGACGAUCAAAGAUCCAAGUGAACGGCAAACCCAUAUUCUCAGCGCAGAAGAUGUUAAGGAUACCCAAGACUUCGUUAGAGACCAUGUGGUCGGCGUCGAUCACACAGUCCCAGCAUCUACAGUCAGCUGCCUACAGACCAAUGUCUUUGACUUCUUGCCUAAGAAGUAUUUGAAUGGAGGUGCAGAGAAUAGUAUUGCUAUAUUCACUGCUGGGUGGGCGAUGAAGUUUGUGCCGACGCUGGGCAAAGCUCUAUCCGAGAUGGUUCUGAAAGGUGACUCCGAUUAUAAACUCAAGGAAUUCUCCAUCACUCGCCCUGCACCGACCGGGAAGGAAAUCAUUCAAGAGAACUGCGAGUCAGCUGGUGAAGUCAAGAUGGCGUCAAUGUCGAUCCAACAACCUGGCUUCGAACAGGCUCAGGCUUCUUCCUAUGGCAAGAGGGAUCUAGCAAGGGCAGCCUGA